AUGGAGCUGGACAUUCGCCAAUACCUGGAGAAAGCAAAGCAACUACAAGACACCGAGGCUCUGCAGUCUGCUUACCGGUUGCUGAGAGGCUCCGCGGCGGCUGGAAGCAGAGGACGAGCUCCGCACGUCUCCGAAGAGUUGUACGUGGUUUGCUCGGAAGCAGCCCUCCAGCUGGGUUGUUUGGAGAUCAGCACGGCGUGCCUAAAGACGUACUUUGAAGGGAAUCCGCCGGCUGAUCAGUUGUUGUGCCGGGCCUUCCUCUGCCAGGGCCAGCUGAAGUCUCCGCCAGCCACGGCCACUGUGGAAGACUUUGAAGAGGCGGUGAUGUGUUUUCUGAAAGCAAUUGAAAUUUCAAAGCAAGAACCAAGAUACCACUCUCUGGUUUUCAAUGCGUCGGUGCUGUAUUUCCAAACAGUGCGUCCUCUCCUGCAGCCGGGGCGGUGCCUCCACCUGGUGCACUCCCUCAGGCAGGUGGUGCAGAGUCUGGAGGAGGUGGAGGACCAAGACUACAGCUGGAGGGCUGAACUCAUGAUACACCUGGUCAAAUGUCUUGUAGACGCUGGGGAACGUGAGGACGCUGCAAGUUUUGCCAAAGUUACUGAAGAAUUCAUCAAGUCACAUAUUCCACAAGUCUAUCCACAACUUUUUAAAAUACAGGUACAACACAAGCUGUCAGAGAGUGGCGUCCUCCUCGAAAGGAGCAGGCAGAACAGUGAAUUAACGGUCAUGUACAAACUGCAAGAACUCAAAAAGAAUGUGCUGACAGAGGCAGAUUCUGCUGAGCUUGAGGAGAUUUUCGAUCUGCUGCUGGUUCGUACCAGAAUGCCCGGCGCGCCUGCGACGUCGAGCAGUCCACAGUGUCCCUCACCCAUGCAGCCACCCCACAGAGUUGCCUUCCUCCUGGAGCUGGCUCUGCUGGCCUUGCAAGUCAAGCAUCAGAAAGUCGCUGCCGACUGUUUGAAAGAGCUCAAGUCGGUGGGAGAGGCUAGCGCCGACCAACGCAUAAUAAUGGAAUGUGUCAACUGUGAACUCAACCUCCUGAAGAAGGACGCGAAGAUGAGCGACUACUCCAAAGCCAGCGUGGAGGCCCGUCUGAAGGAGGUGGGCAGGUUGGAUCAGUGGCUGCAGACUGCGCUGAGGGAGGGGCCCCCCCAGGCGGUGCAGGCAGUGUGUGCCACGCAGUGGGCCCUCUGCCUGCCCCUGCUGCAGCACAACCUGAGGAAACGUGUCAAGCAGCCUCUGCUGCGGCUGGCCGGCGCUCUCGAAAACAUGCAAAGCAUGUUCCUGGAGAUGCGCUGUCACGUCCACUUGGAGCUUGCAGUGAUUGAGGAGGAGGAGGGGCGCCUCGAGGCCUCUUCGACUCACCUCCGGAAAGCCCUGCUGCUGGAUAACGGCGCCCUGCGAGAGCGCCUGUCGUCAGCUCUGCGCGUCUCAGAGCUCAGACAGACCGUGUACCAAACACCCUCCCGCGUCGAAGAUCAAGCCUUAAUGCUGAUGCAGCAGAUCAAAGAGAUGCAGCCUGAAGACAGAGCAAACAGUCGUCCCAUGCUGGUCGCUGCAGGGCUCCUUUUGGCUCCCGACGACUUUCAGAUGGUUCUGGAUGCAGACGACACAUCGCAAAUUUCCGAAGGCGGUGCUGGAUGCAGACCAGUGGCUGGGCUUGCUGCACAGGCUCAGCGUCACUCCACAUGUGUGCAGAAGGCAGAUGGACACCUGGCCAGGCCAGGCGCUGACGCAGACGACACAGAGAGGGUCAACCUGUGGGCAACGCUCUCAAAGACAGCCAGGAAGCUGGAGGUGUGGGACGUGUGUCGGGCCGCUUGCCGCUUCUGUUUGCUUUACGAUGAUGGAAGAUGGAAAAUUUCCAAGAGUGACAAGUGCAGCUGUUCGGAGGGGGAAAGCUGCACUGAAUGUCUUCCCAGCUGCAGUGGAACCCGGAACUGUGUGAACAUGCUACGUCUCCUCGCUGAAAUUCACUUCAUCAGUGCAGAGGCCACCAUCCAGAAGCUGCUGGCGGAGGGCGUGCGGCUCAACAGUCCUGCUGUUCUCCCAGCAGAGCCACACGUGCCAGAGGAAGACUCACCCUGGAUCAUUUACAGAGAGUGGAUUCAGGCUCUGUCUGCCCAGGCCACCUCCAGUUUCUUGCGAGCGGGGGAGCUUGGUGCACAGAUCCGAGAGCCGUGGGUCGUGGCCAACGCAGCCAUUUACCUGUGGAACCAUAAUAGCCACGUGCUGGCAGCCGGGGACCACCAGCACCUAAUCCCCGCCUUCCAGAGAGUGCUGGAGAUGCUCCAAAACACCGAGCACGCCGGGAACCGUGCUCUGUUUGUGUUGCUGUGCGACGCCGUGGCCCGGGGGCUGAUCCAGCCUCUGUCUGGACCAGACAGCGCCGAGGCAGCUCCAGCAGCUCCAGCAGCAGACAAGGGCAAAAGCAGAGGUGAGAAGGGGAUGGAGAAGGCUGCCAGCGUCCACGGGGCUUUCCUGGACCCCGCUGCCCUGCAGGAUGUCCGCAAAGCAUUGGAGCUGUGUGAGCACGCCCUUCGUCUGUCCACAUGCCACGGUCCUGGGGAGGCCGUCCCCCUGGCUGCAAGAAAGCAGGUGCUGGCCACAUGGGUGCAGAUCAAGAGACUCCUGCAGCAGCAGAUUGGUUCAAAGCUGGACGUGCUGAAAGAUGAGAGCGAGAGCGAGGACGAGUCGGCGGCGAUGCGCGUGCUGGUCGGAGUGGAGAUGUUCCAGUGCAACAGGGACCCCAGGCAGAUGGAGUCCUCCACUCCCAGCCUCUCCACGCUGGUGAGCAUGGCGUCGGCGUGCAGCUGGUGCGACGCGGCGGUGGAGCUGCAGGUGUGGUGCCAGCUGGCCGCCUCCUGCCACCGUGUCAAGGAGCACAGCCUGGUGCUGAGCUGCACCCAGACCGCUCUGCAGCUGGAGGAAGCGGCGCUGAGGAGCCUCGGCAGCGCGGCCUGCGCUUUGUACAGUGUGACGGCGGUGAAUGAGCUGCUGAGCACUGCAGCCUGUCUGAGAGGGCAGAGUUUGGUGCACGAGUCCCGUGGAGAUCUGCACGCUUAUAGAGAGGCCAUGAAGGUGCUGCUCUCCAGUGUCAGCUUUGCGGAGAAGGCUGACAAUCCGGCAUUGUGUGCCACAACUGCCAGGCAUUACUGGAACGCCUGUCUGCCCCUGACACACAGCCCCGAGGAAAGACGGCAGCUGGAAGAGCCCCUGGAGACCAUCCUUAAUGCCCUCAGUCAGACCACCAAGCAUACAAAUAAACACAGCAAAGUCAAGAGUGAGCUGACCUCCACACAGCAGUCUCUCCACGCUUCAAAACAGGAAACUACACGUGAAGAGGAUUCAUCUCUGAGAGCUGCCAUUUAUGGUCUGCUGCUGAACAUCCACGCUGACAGAGGAGACUCUGCAAGUGCUCUGCUGCUGCUGGACAAAGCGAUCAGAGACAUGCCUCGCUCCAGGCACCGGCUGUCUCUGCUUAAAUAUCGAAUUCUGGUGAAAGCGCACCGGGGAGAAAGCAUCCAGUCGCACAUGCAGAAGCUGGAGGAUGAAGGAGAGCUGUGCUGUUCUUCCAUGUGGCAGCAGGUGGCGCUGUGUGCCAGCACCAUAACCCAACAGCUGGCCUGCUACCAGAAAGCCAUCACCUCUCUCAUGAGUCCAGAGUCUUGGUGGCUGAAGGUCUGCGUCCUGCUGGAGUUCGGUCAGUGGCUGUACAGUCACAACUUCCCCACAGCGGACGCCCAGCAACACGUCCAGUGGGCCGUAGACAUCCUGCUGCUCCUGGAGGCUGAGGAGGCAGAGGAAGCAGAGGAUGAUUCCACAAAGCGGAGGCUGAGCUCGGUGGAGUGUGAGCCGCCGGUCGGAGUCCAGAGCUCCGUAUUCAGUCAGAACGUGUCCAGCCUGAAGGAGGUGCGUCGCCUCGACUCUUUGAUCCAAGCGCACACUCUCCUCGCCGUCAUGGUAGGCAGGACGUCACCCGAGCACCAGCUCAACCUCCUGCGAGCUCACACCUUCGUGCUCAGAAUAUGGCAGGUUUCAAUCUCAGUAGCUUGUGAGAUUUCCAGUGAGAUGGCAAAGAGUCAGACAUUCCACCCUCCUCCCUCUGCAGGAUCCAAAAAGGGCAAAGACAAGGGCAAAGUCAAAAAACCCACCCCUGCAGAUGAGGCCAAAGCACGGGGUCUGGAUCUGACAGUCCCGUCCACGCCCGGGGAUGGGCUCGCUACGUCUGUACCCGACCAGGUCAGGGAGAUUUUCCGAGGCAGCGACAGCCCUCACUGUAUCAAUGCUCAC